AUGGCUGAUCUGGGAUCAGUUGAAAUGUUACUUAGUGAGGCUAACUGUAAAUUAUUCAAUAAUGCCCUCAAUAAUGAUAAAAAUCGCGUGGCCAGCGACUUGAAGAUUUCUUUCAAAGAUGUUGAGUUCCGUUUUAUUGGAGAAAAUGAUGAAAAAAUUGUAGUUCAUUACGAUCAAUCAAAACACACUGAUGGCGAUCUGAAGAUGAAAUUGCUCGAAUACACAGGUGCCUGGAAGAGUUGCACCUACACCCUUGUCGAGAACAAGAAAGAAUUUCUACAGAGUGAAAUUGGAAAGUCCUACGUCCGAAAAUUCAACUCGGAAUCGGAAUUUGUUGUUAAACCUCAUGGAGAAAAAAAAAAAUCUCGAAGUAGUGACGGUGGUAGAGGUGAUCGUGAUCAUGAGGAAAAGGUAUUUGGGUGUUUAAUUAUUCACCAAGAUUCAUAUACCCUUUCAGCAAUGUCAAAAUCUGAUUACAUUUUGCUUAAAACAAAACUAGACAGAGACAUGCAUGAAGAACAUGUUAAACUUUUUGAUGAGACCACAAAAAAAUUGUUGGAAAGUGAAAAGUUGAAAAGUCUGCUAAAAGAUUUUGACAGCAAAGUAUAUAUAAAAGUUACAUCAGAUCACAUUGCUUUGGUUGGAAAUGCUAACACAGUUACUGAUUUAAAGCGUAGAAUUGAACAUUAUUUCGAAAAUGAGUCUAGCUCCAUAAAAACAGUUGCAAUAACCACGGGACAGUACCUUCUUCUCAACAAAUGCCGUGAAAAACUUCUCCCAGAUAAUGUGACAUCGGUCCUCUAUAAAGACCACAUAACGCUGAACGGUACAAAGUCUGAACUUCAAAUGGCUGAAAAAACAUUCAAUGAAAAUUUCAUCCAAAAGUACAAAAGUCACUUUUUUGACGUCAUCGAAAGAGGUUUGAGAGCAGAAUCUUUCAGUAAGGAGUUUGGCAUGGCAUAUGAUCACAUAGCAUUAGUUGAAAGUCAGUACAAUUGUGCUGUUGAGAUCACUGAUAGGAGCAUUGAUGGUGACAGAGAAAAAAAUGGCGAAGAUGAAGUAGAUGAUGAUGAUGAUGAAACUAAUGAGAAUGCAUCACCACAAACAUCUUCCCAAGUGGAUAUUCAAAUCUUAAAGGGCAGUAUUGUCCAAUGCAAGGGAACCGACAUCCUGGUGAAUGUCUUGAAUGCUGACCAUUCAAAUAUGACUGGAGCAAUAUUUGCAGAAUUCCUUAACACAUGUGGAAAUGAUCUAAAUUAUGAUCUAGCGAGGCAAGGUUUUCCAACCGAAUUCAGCUCAGAGCCAUUCAUCACAGACGCAGCAAAAUAUAACAACAGAGUGAACUGUAAAUGGAUUUACCAUGUCUACAUGGAACGUUUGGAUAGAAGGUUUAGGUCUAAGAAACAGUACAUUACUUUGAAGAAGUGCAUCUUGAAAUGUUUGCAAAACGCCAAGAGACAAAACUGCAGCAGCAUAUCAUUCCCAACGUUUGGUUGCGGCAAGCUGGGCUACGAUCCAAACGAGGUCUGCAGGAGUUUUAUCUUUGCAGCUACCGAAUUCAAAGAACCCAUUGAAAUUAAAAUCUUGACAAAGGAGGAUAGAACCGAGGAAAUUUUCAAAAGGACCUUGAUGCGGAGAAUGCAAAGACGAAGCAUAUCAUCGUUUGCAAAACUUGGCAGGAGAAAAAAUUCUUUAAAAUUUGAGAAUAGCGAAGAAAAGAUAGUUACAUUUACGAUCCACAGUUUAAUGGGAGAACGUGUUGAUGAGGUUGAGCAAGAUAUAAGACGGAAAUUGGAUAUUGUUUGUGGUUGCUUGUCCAUUGAGCAUGAUGUUUUGGCUUGCUUUGAUGAAGUUUCUGAUGAGUUCAAAUCCAAACUCAUGAAGACACUCUCAUGUGUUUCCUUUCAAAAAGAUGAAGGAAGAUUGAUAAUAUAUGGAAUAAGCAGUCACCUGCUGAAAUUGAAGAACGAGAUUGAGGAACUGUGUGCGAAAGAAGAGAAAAAUUUGAACGAUUUGGACUACAAAUACGAAGGAACAAAGGCCUCUCUUCCAAAAAUUAUCCAAUUAGGUAGAAUGAUCUUUUCACAUUAUUUUAGGCCUCAUGAUAGUAAGUCCAGCACGGGACCUCGGAAGAAAGUUUUAUUGAUCAAAAGUGAUGAAAAGUAUAAGGCAGUGGCUGAAAUGGUUAUGAAAACUUGGAAUGCAAACUUAGCUCGUUUGGGUGCAGAUGCCAGAGGUUUGAGACAUUCGAACAUUACCAUCAGCAACAUUUAUCUGAACGAGAAUUUAGAUAUUUACAAAGAUUUUCGGACUGCAAAAAAGGGUUUCAUGGAAAAAUUUCAACAGAAAAAUAUAAAAAAUCCAUUUCCCGAUCUUAAUUUGAACAGGCCUCAAACAUGUGAUUACGGGCAUUACUUGAACAGCCAGCUGGAUAAAGAACUGAAUGAAGUUUAUUUAUUCCACGGCACCAAGGAAGAACACGUCGACAAGAUAAUGCACGCUGGCAUUGAUUGCAGGUUUUCAUCCACUAGGACCCUCUUCGGUCCUGGGGCUUACUUUGCUGAGAACAACAAAGAUGCUAGAAAACCGAUAGGAGCCAAAAUGUACAUGAUCCUCUCGAGGGUUCUGCUGGGUAGUGCCUACGUCUGCACCUCACCUUACGGUUUCAAGAAGCCGCCGUGCAACCAGCCACAGUGCGGCAACAUGGACGGAUGCUCGCUACAUCAAUUUCACGACUCCGUCAUCGGUACGCACAAAGACCCUAAAAAUAAGUUGGUAUUCAAGGAGUACAUAGUCUACGAUAAAAAUUACUCAUACCCGGAGUUCCUAAUCGAAUACGUUCGAUACUAAUUUUUUUUUUAAUUUUUACCAUCUUUGAAAAUUACAUUGAAGUGGCAUUAGAUGGGCGUUGUUGGAUUUGUUACUUGUGAUAGGUUGGUUGGUUGAUUGGUGUUUAGUCAUGUUUUUGAUUCAGUUUUGGCUGUGUAAAUUGGAACGAGAAAGAAUUUAAAAUGAUCAACACUUAAAUUUAUAACACUUAAAAUUGAGAUCUUCGUCGUUUGCAGCUUGGUAUGUAAUAAUAAAAGUUAAGUCGAAUCAA